AUGUCCAAUCUUUACAGACAUCAGAGAUCUCACACAGGGGAAAAGCCGUAUUCCUGUCUUGAGUGCGGGAAAUCUUUUUCUAAUAAGUCAAAUCUUUACACACAUCGAAGGUGUCACACGGGGGAGAAACCGUAUUCCUGUCCUGAGUGUGGGAAAUGCUUUUUAGACAAAGCUAGUCUUCACGCACAUCAGAGAUCUCACACGGGAGAGAAGCCAUAUUCCUGUCCUGAGUGCGGGAAAUGUUUUUCAGAGAAGUACAGUCUUUACACACAUCAGAGAUCUCACACGGGGGAGAAGCCAUAUCCUUGUCCUGAGUGCGGGAAAUGUUUUUCACAGAAUUCCAGUCUGCACAAACAUAAGAGAUCUCACACAGGGGAGAAGCCAUAUUCCUGUCCUGUGUGCGGGAAAUGUUUUUCAGAGAAGUCCAUUCUACAAAAACAUCAAAGAUUUCACACAGGGGAGAAGCCGUAUUCCUGUCCUGAGUGUGGGAAAUGUUUUUCAAAGUCAUCAAAUCUUUACACACAUCAAAGAUCUCACACUGGGGAGAAGCUGUAUUCCUGUUCUGAGUGCGGGAAAUGUUUUAUAGAAAAAUCAAAACUUGUCAGACAUCAAAGAUCUCACACGGGGGAGAAGCCGUUUUCCUGUCCUGAGUGUGGGAAAUGUUUUUCAGAGAAGUCCAGUCUGCACAAACAUCAGAGAUCUCACACGGGGGAGAAGCCACUUUCCUGUCCUGAGUGA